GCCAUGCGGGCGCUGCGGCUCAGCCUGAGCCUGGCGCUGGGCGCGGGGCUGGGAGCGGCGGCCGAAGGCUGGCGAUGGCGGCGGGCGGACGCGCAGGCGGUGCCGGGGCUGCUGGGCCGGCUGCCCGUGCUGCCCGUGACGGCGGCGGCUGAGCCGCCGGCUGUGCCGGGGGGACCGGCGGGCCGCGGCCCGGGCGAGCUGGCCAAGUACGGGCUGCCCGGGCUGGCGCAGCUCAAGAGCCGAGAAUCGUACGUGCUGUGCUACGACCCGCGCACCCGCGGCGCGCUCUGGGUGGUCGAGCAGCUACGGCCCGAGAGGAUCCGCGGCGACGGCGACCGCCGCUCGUGCGACUUCCGCGAGGACGAGUCGGUGCAUGCGUACCACCGCGCCACCAACGCCGACUACCGCGGCAGCGGCUUCGACCGCGGCCACCUCGCCGCCGCCGCCAACCACCGCUGGAGCCAGAAGGCCAUGGACGACACCUUCUACCUGAGCAACGUCGCGCCCCAGGUGCCCCACCUCAACCAGAAUGCCUGGAACAACCUGGAGAAGUACAGCCGCAGCCUGACCCGCAGCUACCAAAACGUCUAUGUCUGCACAGGGCCGCUGUUCCUGCCCAGGACGGAGGCCGAUGGGAAAUCCUAUGUGAAGUACCAGGUAAUUGGCAAGAACCACGUGGCGGUGCCCACGCACUUCUUCAAGGUGCUGAUCCUGGAGGCGGCAGGUGGGCAGAUUGAGCUCCGCUCCUACGUGAUGCCCAACGCGCCUGUGGACGAGGCCAUCCCACUGGAGCGCUUCUUGGUGCCCAUUGAGAGCAUCGAGCGGGCCUCUGGCCUGCUCUUUGUGCCAAAUAUCCUGGCGCGGGCGGGCAGCCUCAAGGCCAUCACUGCCGGCAGCAAGUGAGGGUGCAGCCUGGAGACUGUGGACUUGGGGGGGUGGAGCUGGGUCUCAUUAAAAGUGGUUAUUUUUGGAAACAA